UUUCUGUUGUUUUCUCUUAGCGGAAUUGGAAAGGGUAGUCCUUAAAUUCUUCCAAAACCAACCUGAUGCAAGACGACGCCUUGGCAAUAAGACUCUGUUGCAGGUAGCAGCGCUGCCAAAGGAAAACCAAGAAGAUGAUGAUAGUGACUCUUCGUCGACACCGAUAACGAACUCCAUAUCUACAGAGCCUCUGCAGAAAACAACUAACAAAACAGCAACAUCGAUGUCAAAAUCGACUAAUGCAAAACCAAGAAAAAAACCUGCAACAACAAAGUCUACGACAGCAAAAUCUGCAACUGCAAAAUCUACUUCUAUAAGAUCUACGACAGCAAAAUCUACUACGGCAAAAUCUACUACGGCAAAAUCUACUACUGCAAUACCAACGACCAGUAGGCCAACGACUAAAACAGAAGUAACUACAAUAGCAGCGACCACAGGAACGAUUCCAACGACUGUAGAAGCAACAAUCGCAGAACCACCGACUACAAAAUCGUCGACUUUAAAACUAACGACUACAAAAGAAACGACUGCAAAGGCAUCAACCACAAAACCAUCGACUACAAAAUCAAAGACUAAACAAAAGACUGCCGAAGAAACCACUGAAAAAGCAACGAAUGCAAAAAUUACGCCAAAACCUGUGAUUACAAAAGCAAAGAAUACAACAGAAUCGACAACAAACACCACACAGACAGGCAAAAGCAAUUCUACUAACCACAGUCCCAGUGUUAAUCCUGGAAGUGGACUAUCUCAGCUGAUAAAGCAUAAAGUAAGCUUUCCAGUGCUUUUUAUGGUGAUGUUGGUUUUCAUAGUGGCAGUCUACUUUGGAUAUCACAACAGAAACAAGAUUAAUCACUUUUUAAAGGAAGGCUUUGUCAAAGCAAAAAAGGGAGGUAGCGGUUACCUUAAAGUCAAAGUGGAAGAUGGCGACUACAUUGAGCUACCUUGUGAUGCAAACAGACAAUAUGUUUAUUGAACUGAAAAUGCUGUAUCCUGUGCCUUGUGCACAAGUAAUCAUUGGUGAUAUUAAAAUUACCCAUCAGAUGCUCCUUCUAAAUGGCAGUUGAUUACACUAGCAACCACAUGAAUACACUCUAUUCAAGAGUAUAAUUUUCAUUCAGCCAAGUGUUACUCAAUAUAAGGAAACUGUAACAGCCUUUGGCAUUGUUUACCUGCUUAGUUAUGAAUUGUAUAUUUUCUUGUAACAAUUUUUGUUUUCUCCUCUGGAUUACUACUUUUGAGGAGGGUCUAUUGGAUCUACUCAUGACAUUGAUAGGUUUACAUGGAGUGGUAUGUGGGUUUCAGUAUGUUUACACUUCAACCUGAGUGACUCUAUGCAUUUGUAGUAGGCCAUCAUACUUAAAUAAACUAAUUAAAGUAAAUAAUAUGAAGACAGCACUAGAAACAUCUUUAAUUGGCCUUAUGCCACAGAGGAUAUUCAAUUACUUAUU